AUGCCUCAUCACACAAAUCCCUUUCCCUUCAUCUAUAGUACUGAUCCAGUACCUCUCUCUUUCGAAGAAAGCACCCUCUUGGCUAACGACUUGAGCCACAUCGAUCUGAACCCCUCAGAAAUGAAGAGACCAGUCAGCUUCAAUAUUGACCAUCCUUGGAGACCCUUCAGAUUCUCGCAAGACUCUCCCAAGCUCACUAGGGCGGGUGAGAAGGGUGUGAUGUUUAGAAGAAAUUGGGUCAAAGAAGUUGUCAAGGAUUUUAGGGACGCAAAGGAGUGCGUCGAGCUGGUCACGAAACACCCAUGGUAUGUUCCAAAGUCAACCUUACCACGUCUCUUCAACAUAGAGCUUCUUUGCUCAGUCUACCCCUCCCCCGAACAAGCUCAGAAGAUAAGAAAAUCAGUAGAUCCACCUUUCAUUCAUCCCAACUCCUUGGUCUAUCUUCGUAUACCUAACUGGGCACCUAUCCCGUUGAACAAAAGGUCGUGGCUGCUGAUGAGGUGGACUAACGAGUUCGAGGUAGUAGCCCAUGACAAUGGGGAAGGACGUUCCAUAAUCCACUUCCUCUAUGAAAAAAUCAUAGAAUGGACACCUGGUUCUCCUUCCAGCCGGAAAGCUUGGCUUCGUCUCGAGAGCGCUCGCGUCAACAGUUCCUUGGAUGAAAUACAAUCGUUGGCAGAACGUCACAUCUCCACACACAGCCCUGGGUUUGACAUCUUGGAAAUUACUCCCUGGUUACAAUUCCCUUACACUAAGAUAGCGCCAUAUCCAUCAGACGAUGAAGCAGAGAUCGACCUUGUUUCUCCGAAUCUCUAUCCCAAGGCACCUGAGAAGGCGCUGAACAUAGUCAAGAUGGAACCAACAGAAGAAUUGACUUACCCAUUCGAGGAGGUAAUGGUCAAUUCAGAAUUGCCUGUACCAGGACCAAUAGCUGGUGCUUCCUCGUUACCUCAUGAGGUCGGGUGCUUAACUGACGUGCCCUCUGAUGCAUCAGAAGAUGUCACCCAGAAAAUCGAAGAGAUAUUUGGUAGUCCUUCGCAAUCCGUAGAUUUGAGCUCUAUGAAAUCCUCUUCACAUGCAUCAAUGGCCUCCCAUCUGGAAGCCAGAAUUAGCUGGGCUUCUCCUUACCAGAUUCGAGAUCCUAGGAGGAUAAUGGCCAGGAUGGCAAGUUCCCCGGAGUUCGAGCAAAGCACUUCUAGUCCUCCUACCUCCCAUUCUUCUGAUGCGACAGUGGAGCACUAUUCUGCAGCUGAGUCGUUGAUCUCUCAAGACAUCCAGUCCCUCGAGACUUCUUUCACAAUGUCACUAACUGGUUGA